ACCGUGCGCCAUUUUCUUUCCCGAGGAACAACAAACGAGAUAGCAGCAUUGUUGGACACCGCUCUAUUGGCCGAAAUGGCAGUGUAAAAGUGUGCAGCGACCCAGCAGCAGCCAACAAAACAGUGCAUCCAGCCAGUGCACUGAGUCACUUCUAAUUCAGCAAAAUGUCGUCCUACGUGGAAACCCUCAGCACUGCUGCAUUCGACAGCAUAAAAGAAUUCGACGCUCUCCUAGCAUCGUCACACACUCCAUUUGUGACCAACAACAGCCACUAUGACCAUGAUGAUGACAAACUCACAGUUUGGCCUGGAAGACAUGGAGGCCCUUCUCUGGGGGCCUUCCUCUCCCAUGGCUGACGCCAUGGGCUCCCUUUUCUUUCACCCUGACCAAGAAGAAAAUCAGGAAGGGGGAGGAACCUCACUUGGAGGGGGACACUUCACCGCGUCACCCCUCACCUCCUCAUCGCUGUCUUCUUCCUCCUCUCCUCCUCCCUUCUACUCUCCUCCUCCCUCGCCGCCGGCUGUCCUCCUCCAUGGGGACAAAGUCGGGAAUGAGUCUGACCUGCUCUCCCUCCCCUGGCUGGGCCACCCUGGUCAGCUGAGAUGUAACCAGACAGUCUCAGAUGACAAGAAAGAGGAAACAUUUGGUGACCUGGACUGGAUGGCUGAGAAGAUGGAUCUGAGCGAGUUUGACUUGGAGUCUCUGAUUGGCUCCUGCAGUCCUAAUGAAGAGUCCCCCAGCUCUCCAGAAGACCUCCUGGCCUCCUUAGAUUGCCCCAUGGAGCUCGACUCCCUCCCUAUGCCUGCUCUCUCAACUCCUGUGCUCCCAAGUCUUCCCUCUGCUUCUCUUACAAAUACACUUCCCCCCACCCUUCCCUCUGUCUGUGAAGAUGCUUCAGUCAUCACAGUGGAUGACUCUCAGUCCUACAUUGACGGGCAGGAGGCCCCCUCUCCUCCCCCAUGUGUCCCAGAGCCACAGGAGGAGCUUGAAAUCAAAUCUGAGCCUGCUUCUCCUGACCCGUCUUCCCCAUUGGUUGAUUCUUCUUCCUCCCCAGUCUACACCCUGGACCUAGGUAGUGAGGUGGAUGUCUCGGAGAGUGAGGUGAAGCCAGUGUUAGCUGCUGUGGUCCCUCAGGUCCCUUCGGUCCCAAGGCUUGUGCUCUCCCUCUCCCCAACCCGCAUCGUGCUUGUGCUGGCUCCCAAAAAUGAAGUCGGGAUCGCCACCGCCACUGUAACCACCACAUCAGAGGUUGUUCACUCCUCCCCUCCUGCCACCCCUCCACAAAGGUCCUCUAGAAGCAGACCAUACCCUGAUCCCAAAUACAAAGCUAGCCCAUCCUCUCCCAGUGCCACCAGUGUCAAAGUCAAGUCCCUCCGGGGUGCAGGUGGUGAUGAAAAGGUAGCUUUGAAGGCACCAAAGGACAAGAAGCUAAAGAAGAUGGAGCAGAAUAAGACGGCCGCCACGCGCUACAGGCAGAAAAAGAGGGCAGAGCAGGAAGCGCUUUCUGCAGAGCAUGCAGUGCUGGAGAGGAAGAAUAUGGAGCUGACUGAGAAGGCUGAGUCCAUGGCCAGGGAGAUCGAGUACCUCAAGGAGCUGAUGGAGGAGGUCCGCCUGGCCAGGAUCAAAAAAGGUCUUAGCGCCGACCCCUAGUGGUUGGACCUAAGAAUUACAACAGAUCAGUUGUGUGUAAUAAGAAAAGGACUAUUGAAAAAGUGGGCACAGCAGAUGUUAUUUUUAAUGCAAACAUGUAUCACUAUAGUGUUCUGUCCACACAGCAUGUCUUGGAUGCACAGACCAAUAAAACAGGUGUUUGUCAGACUAUCUCCUUUUUAAAUAUCUAACACUGGUAUUAAACACAGAGUAGUUUUGUCAUGUUUAGAGUAGUUUUAUGGAAACGAGUAUUUUCCAUUCAGUAUAUCAACUUGUGUGCUGUUUCUUGUAAUGUAUGUAAGCUUUUCCUAAAUCUAGACCUCAGUAACUUGCCAGUAAAGUCUUUUUAAAGUUUUAAAAUGUCUAUAUUCUAGUAUAACUGGACCUGUAUUAUCAGUCUCUUAAUAAAGAGUCAUAAACCCA